UUUUAAUUUUCUAUUUCUUCGAUCCUUCUCCACUCUGAUUCCAGAAUUCUCACUUUAAUUCUUCCCCAAUUUGUUGCUAUUACUUUCGAUUUUCCGAUUCAACUUCAGGUGAUCACCGAUCGUAGCAGUUCGUUCCCCGCGCUCUCAACCUAAGAGUUGCAGCAAUGAAGACAGGAUCUUCUUUAAAUCCUAACGCAGCAGCCUACGUGCCACUCUUUAAAAGAGGUGCUGCUGAUGUAAACAAAGAAUUCGGUUCACAUCAAGAGUUUAACAGUGAGGAUGAGGUUGGCCAAUUUGGCUAUCGUCAUGUAAAUACACAGCACCAAAAUGUUAUUCAACGUCAUUCCCAGAUUGCUGGUGCUCCCCAAAUUGCUGAAUAUCCGAAAUGGAAAGAUAAUUACCGUAAUGGAUUUGUUGCUUCAACGUCACAAUACCCGGAGAAGCCAAGCAUUGAUGAAGACUCUGACAUCGACCUGACGUACAUGCAAAUGAACUUUCCUGAAAUAUCAUUGGAGUCUCUUUCUGACGUCUAUCAAGCCAGCGGAUGUGAUUUAUAUUCUGCAAUCGACAUGCUACACCAUCUUGAGAUGUUUCCUGAUGAUUCAUCAGAUAAGCUUCCUGAUACACUGGACAUAGGCGACAUACCUGACUCUGCACCGGUCAAAGCACCACUGGAAGCAAAGAAUGCAGCAAGUGGAGCUUCAACAUCUGCCUCGUCCGACAUUCCUGCUAAGAGCUAAUCUGCACACAUAUUCUGAAUUUAGCAGUUUUAUGGGCCUUUUUUUUAUCUUUUUCUAUUUUGGAAUGUGGCUAUGAAUUUCUGAAUCGGCAAAUAUCCAUUUUUCUUCUUUUUCUAAGCUGGGAUUUUGUGUGUGCAUACGUCGUGUUUGUACAAAUUGACUACGUUGUUUCUGUUUUGGAUCUGGGAACGCAAAUUGUAUCAUAGAAACAUCGAUUGUUCUUGUUCAAACAGAUUUUGUUUCUGA